AUGAACCCUCCGAAACCAUUCCCAAUUCUCCGUCUUCUGUUUCUCGCAAUUGAAGAAGUAAUAAAAGCGUUGGAUCCAAUCGAAAUAAUAAACUUCUCAAUAAUUAGCAAACGGACCAAAGGAAUAGCAAAGCAGAUGAGUUUCUUUCCGAAAUAUUCAAUGGGACUUUUUAUAAAUGAAACUCUGGAUAUCAUGUUUUGUGGAACAGGGGAUAUGGUAUCAUGGUUUUAUGCAAUGACAUCAGAUAUAAAAAUGGAUGGAAAGAUUGAAGAAGAUGAAUCUGACGGUUGCAUUAUACGAAGGGUAUUUAAGUAUUCGAAGGAUCCAGUAGAGGAAUGGAAACAGUUGUUCAAACAUGUCAGUGAGAUAUUCAAGAAGCAGACAAUCGACGUUUUAAGAAUCACUAUGGAUUCAUUUCUGGGACAAAACGUUUCAAUAAUUGAAUACUUGAAAGUCAAUAUGAAAUCAGUAGACUUAUGCUAUUUGUUUCAGACGAAUUAUAUAAAUAACGUAGAUAAGCAUACUGCUUAUCUCCUCGAUAAUAUAAAAAUAAUUUCUGAGUUAACCCAUUAUCUAUACACUGAAAACUAUGACUUCGAUGGGAAAAUUCCAAAAUAUCUGCAGCAUUUAUGUAUCUACAACUCGCAAUGGAUUGGAUUUGAGAGACUACUGGAAAUAGAUUCUGAAAGUGUGGUUCUGAAAAGAAAUUUAAUCUCGGAUGAACAAUGGAAUGUGUUUUUCAAGAAAUGGAUUGCAAUGGAUACUCAUUUAAAUCUGCAAUACUUGGAACUCGAUUAUAGAAAUAUCGAACAGUUCAGAGCACUCGUAUUGAAUGAUAUUCCGCAUGAAGUGGUUGACUUAGGAGUCAAACGAGUAUUGAAAAUCAUACACGAUGAAACUAAAGAGAUCAGCGGAGGGAUCGACAUCCGACGAAUCGAUGGAAAGACUGCAACAUUCUUCGUGCAUUAUACUGGUUUUUCGAUGAGUGUUCACUAA